AUGGGAGGUGGUGAUGGUGGUAGUGUCUUUUGGAGGCGUGCCGCGAGAUUGACGCGACGCGUUCAUAUUCUUCUUUCUUGUUAUUUAAACUUCUACAUUAUUCCUACCUCUUUCCAACUUAGUUCUGCCACAGUUAUGACUGCCGCAACUGCUACUGAAACUGCUGAUUUCAAUCUUCUUACGUAUAACCCUGAAACGGGCUUACUUGAUGCUAUAGAUGCUUUGACUUCCUGUGGUUCGCCGAAUGGAAAGAGCAAGAAAAGGUGGAAGCCUCCUAGUCGUUGGAAAUCUGUGAAUUCCCAGUACUGCAACGCGUGUAAGGAAGGCGGUGAACUUCUCUGCUGCGACAGAUGUCCUUCCUCUUUUCAUUUAAUGUGCCAUCAACCCCCAAUUUCGAGGGACGCGAUUCCAAGCGGUAAAUGGCUAUGCCAUCGUUGUGUAUAUGUUACAGAAAAUAGCGAUACAAAUACUAAAACAACAAAGAAAGAAUUAAAAAAUGCUUCUCUGCCUGUUUUAUUUCAGACUGAAGAAGGAAGGAAUGAAACUGUUAUGAAGGAUAUCCUUGAUGGAUUUGAGGAGGGCGAAGACCCUUUAGCUGUUUUGGCUAAUGCAGCCCUUGCUGCUAACUCAGAGCAGUUUACUUUGCCUUACACAAUUAAUAAUGAUGCUACUGUUUUACCAUAUGAUCAUAAGCAUUCUGCUCAUUUAAAACCUCGAGAUCGGUGUAGCUUUUGCGCUACCGGUGUUGGUAGUGGAACAUUAAUAAAGUGCGAUUUUUGUUCCUUAGCAUAUCAUUUGGAUUGUUUACGACCUCCGUUAACCGUACCUCCUAAAGAUAAAUGGAUGUGCCCUGCUCACAUUGAACAUUUUGUGGAUAAAAAGCUAUUAACAUCUGCUUCAUUUACGGAAAGGAUGCGUUUAUGGAGGAAAUUUGCUCGUCAAGAAGUUGACGAACAAACAGUUAAAUUAGCGUUUUUUGCGAAGAAUUUAGCGUAUCGUCAGAACUGUCUACUGCAAAAUCCGGGCAUUGAGUUUGGUCGGAAGCAAGUACGGGUACCGAAAGCAGUUAAAGAUUUAUAUCGGAAAAGAUGGAAGUACUGGGAAGAUGACGAGUUACCGUCGAGUGCUGAACAAGAGGAGUGGUUUGAUGCCAUCUUAAGAUUGCAGAAAAUGGAGGGAUUGCUCGAAUCUUCAAAAAGAAACGAAACUGAAUCAGUCGAGUGCAAAGAAAAUACCGCGAAAUCUGAAGCCGGUGGAGAGAGUGGAAUGGAAGGAUGUUAUGUGAAUUUUCCAGAAACAACAAUGAAAAAAGGUUAUGGUGUGCAAAAUGAUUCUUGUAAUGUAACUUGUGAGACUGGGAAGUCAUCGAGAAACUGUGGCAACGAUUGUCGUCAUUACGAGGAUCUGUUAGUUGGAGAUUUGGCUGCACGUAUUCGGAAUGAGUGUCUAAAAACCAUGGAAGAUUCUCGUGUCACUAAAGAGCAUAGAUUAAUGGGUGCUUUAGCUUUUCAGCGACUGCAGCAGCUAGCUAACACGAAGAAAACAUGUCCUGAUGAGCUGAAGUUUGAUAAAAGUUUGUCCUUUCGUUUGUUCUUAGGAGUACUAAGGCCCAAUGUCCCAGUUCUAGCAGUGCUAAAAGCACCGGGGUGUGAUGCAUUUCCUAUUCAAAGGUUGAUUACAACUAUUGGGACUAGCGAAAGAUGUGAUUUGAAUUUGUUGUUUGCUUCUCCUUUAUGUACCGCAUUUGGAGUGCAUCAUGCAGACGUUGUGUUUGACAAGUUGUUCGAGUUUUUUCAGAUGCGUCGUCGAUUUGAAAUACAUUACAAGCGGGGUGAAGCCGUUAUAGUAGAUGGUGUUUGUUAUGCUGAUAAUGAGAACAGUAAGAAAAGUAACUGUGUUUGUUCAAUAACUAAUGAUGCGUUUAUUCGCGGAGCAGCUCCACUGCGGCAUGGUAGCUGUAUAAAAAUCGGGUGUGCAAAUUUUAUCUUUGCCUCGUUUUUUUAA